AUGGAUCGCAGUCCACAGCCCGCGACGAGACCGGAUCGGAGUCAACAGCAGACGGCACGACUGGAUCGCAAGCCACAGCCGCGGCGAGCCUGGAUCGCAGUCCACAGUCCGCGCCGACACCGGAUCGCAGUCCACAGCUCACGGCGAGACGGGAUUGCAAGUCAUAGCUCGCGGCGAGAUGAAUCGCAGUCCAUAGCUUACGGCGAGACCGGCUCGCAGAGAGGCAGGCGGGGGCGGGGGCUCGGGCCGACACCGAGAUUCAGGGAGCGGCGAGCCUGGUUCGCAUUCCACAGCUCACGGCGAGACGGGAUUGCAAGUCAUAACUCGCGGCGAGUUGGAUCGCAGUCCACAGGCCGCGACGAGACCGGAUCGGAGUCAACAGCUGACGGCACGACUGGAUCGCAAGCAACAGCCGCGGCGAGCCUGGAUCGCAGUCCAGUCCGCGCCGACACCGGAUCGCAGUCCACAGUUCACGGCGAUACGGGAUUGCAAGUCAUAGCUCGCGGCGAGAUGAAUCGCAAUCCACAGCUCACGGCGAGACCGGAUCGCAGAGGCAGGCGGGGUCUCGCGCCGACACCGAGAUACAGGGGAGAGGGGGGGGGGGGGGCCUGGAUCGCAGUCCACAGCUCACGGCGAGACGGGAUCGCUAGCCACAGCCCGCGACGACACCGGAUCGCAAGCCACAGCCCGCGACGACACCGGAUCGCAAGCCACAGCCCGCGACGACACCGGAUCGCAAGCCACGGCCAGACCGGAUUGCAAGUCAUAGCUCGCGGCGAGAUGGAUCGCAGUCCACAGCCCGCGACGAGACCGGAUCGUAGUCAACAGGUGACGGCACGACUGGAUCGCAAGCAACAGCCGCGGCGAGCCUGGAUCGCAGUCCAGUCCGCGCCGACACCGGAUCGCAGUCCACAGUUCACGGCGAUACGGGAUUGCAAGUCAUAUCUCGCGGCGAGAUGA